CCUUCACCCAGCUUGCGCCUGCUACCCAUAUCACCGACGGUGGCAGCGAAUUGCCUUGUCAAUCCGACCCACGACACCCCUCUAAGCUCUGCAAGGUGUGCCGACCAUGCUGGCGAGGUCCUGCCUGCGCUCGACGCGCGCCUUUGCCGGCCUGCGAAAUGGCGCCGUGCACAUUUCCAAGCGCGCCGCGUCUUCCUCGAGCUCCGGAUCCGCUACCGAAUCGCCGCUUCGGUUGAACAUCGCUGCCGCCGCCGCUACCACUCUCGCCGCCGGCUCGAUCGCCUGGUACUACCAUCUCUAUGGGCCUACUGCUGAUGCCACCGCGCCGGCCGAGGAAGGUCUACAUCCGACCAAGUACCCCUGGGUUCACGAGCAGUGGUUCAAAACCUUUGACCACCAGGCUCUCCGGAGAGGCUUCCAGGUCUACCGGGAAGUCUGCGCCUCGUGCCACUCUCUCAGCAGAGUCCCGUACCGCACUCUUGUCGGCAGCGUCCUGACCGUCGACGAGGCCAAGGUUCUCGCCGAGGAGAACGAGUACGAUGCCGAGCCCAACGACCAGGGCGAGAUCGAGAAGCGCCCCGGCAAGCUGUCCGAUUACCUUCCGGCCCCUUACCCGAACGACGAGGCCGCCCGCUUCGCCAACAACGGUGCCCUCCCCCCCGAUCUCAGCUUGAUCAUCAAGGCCCGCCACGGUGGCUGCGACUACGUCUUCAGCCUCCUCACUGGUUACCCCGAUGAGCCUCCUGCUGGCGCCCAGGUGGGUGCCGGCCUGAACUUCAACCCUUACUUCCCCGGCACCGGUAUCGCCAUGGCCCGUGUCCUGUACGAUGGCAUUGUCGACUACGAGGAUGGCACUCCCGCUACGACCUCGCAAAUGGCCAAGGACGUCACCGAGUUCCUCAACUGGGCCGCCGAGCCCGAGAUGGACGACCGGAAGCGCAUGGGAAUGAAGGUUCUGGCUGUCACGACGGUUCUGUUUGCGAUGAGCGUCUGGGUCAAGAGGUACAAGUGGGCGUGGCUCAAGUCGAGAAAGAUCGUCUACGACCCGCCCAAGACGAACGACAUCGCCCCUCGCCGCUAAGCAACAGGCCGAGCCGGGACACUACACAGCUCGACCUCUUUUGUAUGUACCAUAUACUGCUAGGCCGCCCAGGUUUCUCUCUACGGCGUAGAUGAAAAGUGGGAGGACGAGAAACCUCUGGAGUGAUGAAAGGGAAGCGGGGCGGGUAGAUCGGGGCUUGAGUGUAAAUCAAUGUCGGUCUCAAUCUAGACAUUUCCUUACUGUUCAACAUCGCUUCCCCUCCGGUUUUUGAUUGUGAUUAUUUGGAACACCUCGGCCGAUGUGCUCACUGAAGAGCCAGCUCGCCCGUCGAUUGGGUUUUCCAAGCACGAAAUUCCGCCCCAUGUACGUACCGUUUUGUAAUCAAUCAUCCCAGCCGUUUGCUACCCCUUCUCCAUCCAAC